AUGUCAGAAAAGAAAGAAUUGCCACCAGAACGCUAUUAUACACCACAAGUACAGAGCAGCGUGUCUCAUAAACCGCCUUCAAUAUAUCAACCUACACCUCAGCCUGAAUCCGUCAUAGUUCAUGAAAAGACAAGAGUGCAUAAAAAUAACUCAUGCUGCAUAUCUUGUCUACUAGCAUGUUUUAUAUGUCUGGCGGUAAAAGAUGAAGGCACCAAGUCUCCAGAGCAAUAG